CAGAACUAAAGACUUCUCUCUCCAAAACCAGUAUCACUGGGUUUUGGCUACUUUCCUGUUCAGUUCUCAAGUGACAGACAGAAGUGGCCAGGAUCUACAAAAGUCCCCGGUCCAGACAGCCCAAGAACCUGUAAACAAGGACCAGGUUCCAGAACUUCGGUGUGAAAGCACCUAAUAUGAGUCGGACUGCAAUAUAUGGGAACUGGUUCUUUACAACCCUAAUUGUCUAAGCGAUGGCUCACUCUUGCAAUGAGGAGGUUUGGAUGUAACGUUUCAGCACAUGAUGCAUGUUGUUAAGGCCGUAAAUACCAGACACGGAAAGACAGGAAAGCUUAAGUUCAUAACAUGAACAACUAUUUUCGGCUGAAGCUUGCUGAAUAUAGGAGACAAAAAGCUCACUCUUCGCAGUGCUCUUCCUCAGGCUACUUCCUUACCAUACCACACUGCACCAAAUGUUACAGAUGUACUGUAACAGAACAGAAUAACUUAGCAGACAAAAAGCUCACUCUCUGCAGUGCUCUUCCUCAGGCUACUUCCUUACUAUAUUGUGCUACACGAAAUGUUAUUGUAAUAUAUUGUAACAGAACAGCAUAACUUAAUAUAAAUUAUUAACAUUAUGCUUUUAGUGUAUUUUGUUUUUGACCUUAUUGUUUCAAUGUGCUUGGGACUUAAGCUAUUUUUUAUUGCUAUUUAAACUGGAUGGGUCUCUCUUUUAAAAAAGAUUUUAAACAUCAGUGGACUAAUCUGGUUAAAUAAAGGUCUAAUAAUAAUGCAGAAAAUAAACACAUAUGUGCUUCUUAUAGUAAUGAAAAAAAUCACAGCUGGUGUCUCCUGCAGAGAUAUAAGACUGUAAGCAGGAAACCUGCCUUCUGUUAACAGAAAGGUCAGUGCAUGUGUGGGAGUGACCAUGUACAGGUCUGUGAGAUCUCAUGGACUCAUCUCCGACAUUCUGCAGACCCAGACCUCGCUCACUGUCCUUUUGCUGGAUUAUCUAAAGGAGCUCAGUGAUGAACAGCUGAAGGAGUUUAAAUUGAGACUGAGUCUCCCUGUGUAUAAAGAGUUAAAGCCCCUUCCCAAGGGUCAGGUGAAGGACUUGGAUAGAACAGACCUCGCCGACAUGAUGAUAAGUUGCUACAGUGAAGCUGAUGCUCUCAAUGUCAUGCUUAAAAUCCUGAAGAAUAUGACCCUGAAUGACCUUGCUGAGAGACUGAAUGAAGACCUGCAGAAGUGUCCCCAAGCAGGAAGUGAGCUGGGUGACAUAUUGGAACAGAACACUAUCGUGUCAGAAAGACCAAAUUUCUCCAGUGCCCAGGGAGGAAAAGGAGGAAGAGAAGAGGAGGAAAAAUGGCAAAAAGACAGAGGGAAGCUCAUGUCCAGCACAAUCAAAUGUACCCUGAAGCAGAAAUGUGAGUGUGUAUUUGAAGGGAAAGCUAAGGAAGGACAGCCAACACUUCUCAGUGAGAUUUACACAGAACUCUACAUAACUGAAGGUGGGACUGGAGGAGUCAAUGAUGAACAUGAAGUGAGACAGAUUGAAACAGCAUCCAAGAAAAGGCGAACAGAAGAUACUACAGUCAAGUGCAAUGAUAUAUUUAAACCCUUAUGUGGGCGUAAGACACCUAUCAGAACUGUACUCACUAAAGGGGUGGCAGGUAUCGGGAAAACAGUCUCUGUGCAGAAAUUUAUUCUAGACUGGGCAGAAGAAAAAUCAAAUCAGGACAUUCACUUCAUAUUUGCUCUGCCUUUCCGUGACCUGAAUUUGAUUAAGGGUGAAUACAGUCUGAUUGAACUGGUUCACCACUUUGCCCCUGAUCUGAAAUCAUUUGAAUCCGCUGAGCUGUUUAGGUACAAAGUCUUGUUCAUCUUUGAUGGUCUGGAUGAGUGUCGCCUUCCUCUAGAUUUUCAGAACAAUGAGAGCUGGUUUGAUGUAACAAAGAAAACAUCACUGGAUGUGCUGUUGACUAACCUCAUUAAGGGGAAUCUGCUUCCAUCAGCUCUCCUCUGGAUAACCUCCCGGCCUGCAGCAACCAAUCACAUACCUGCUGAGUGGAUCCACCAGGUGACAGAGAUACGAGGGUUCAGUGAUGCCCAGAAGGAGGAAUAUUUCAGGAAGAGAUUUAGUGAUCAGAGACUGGCCAGCAGGAUUAUCACACAUGUGAAAUCAUCAAGGAGCCUCUUCAUCAUGUGCCACAUACCUGUGUUCUGCUGGAUUUCAGCCACUGUUCUUAAGAGGCUUUUUACUGAGAAUGAAAGGGGAAAAAUUCCAAAGACUCUGACUGAAAUGUACACACACUUCCUGAUCUUUCAGACAAGAUUUAACAGUGAGAAGUAUAUGAGAGAGUAUAAAACCAAACCUAAUAAAUACUUUGAAUCCGGCAAGGAAUUGCUUUUAAAACUUGCUAAACUGGCUUUUCAUAACCUUGAGAAAGGCAACCUCAUAUUUUAUGAGCAAGAUCUGACAGAGAAUGACAUUGAUGUCACAGAGGCUUCAGUUUACUCUGGAGUGUGCACAGAAGUCUUUAAAGAGGAAUAUGGGUUGUAUCAGGAUAAGGUGUACUGCUUUGUGCAUCUGAGCAUCCAAGAGUAUCUCGCUGCUUUAUACAUGUUUCUAUCAAACUCAUCAGCUGACCUGCUGAUGACUGGAGUUGAUCAGGCAUUAAAGAGCAAGAAUGGACACUUGGACCUCUACCUCCGCUUCCUCCUGGGCCUCUCAACAAACUCCAGUAAGGGUCUAUUAAAAAGGUUACUGGGCCAGACAAGAACCAGUUCUCAUAAUAGUAAGAAAACAGCUCAAUAUAUCAAGGAAAAAAUACAGGAGAAUUUAUCUGCAGAAAGGACCAUCAACCUCUUCCACUGUCUGAAUGAACUGGGUGACAAUUCUCUAACAGAGGAAGUACAAAGAUACCUGAAUUCAGGAAGCCUUUCAGCAGAAGAUCUUUCACCUGCACAGUUCUCAGCUCUGGCCUUUGUGUUACUGAUGUCAGAUGAGGAGCUGGAUGUGUUUGAUCUGAAGAAAUUCUUCAGAUCAGAUAAUGAGCACUGCAGGCUGCUGCCUGUGGUCAGGAACUCCAAGACAGCUCUGCUGAACAGCUGUGAUCUCAGAGAUAAACAUUGUAAAGUGUUGACUGCAGCUCUGAGAUCAAACUCUUCCCCCCUGAGAGAGCUUGACCUGAGUGACAGUGACCUGCAGGAUUCAGGAGUGAAGUUGCUCUCUGCUGCACUGGGGGAUUCACACUGUAAACUGGGGAUUCUGAGGCUGGCAGGCUGUAGAGUCACAGAAGAAGGCUGUUCUUCUCUGACUUCAGCUCUGAGGUCAAACCUCUCACAUCUGAGAGAGCUGGAUCUGAGCUACAAUCACCCAGGAGACUCAGGAGUGAAGCUGCUCUCUGCUGUACUGGAGGAUCCCAGCUGUAAACUGGAGAAGCUGCAUGUGGACCACAGUGGAGAGUGCAGGACCAGACCAGGCUUACAGAAAUACUCCUGCCAGCUGACGCUGGACCCCAACACAGCACACAGACGCCUGUCUCUGUCAGGAGGUAACAGGAAGGUGACAGGGGGGGAAGAGCAGCCAUAUCCUGAUCAUCCAGAGAGAUUUGACAGCUGGGGGCAAGUUCUGUGCAGAGAGAGUCUGACUGGCCGCUGUUACUGGGAGGCUGAGUGGGAUGGAUAUGGAGCCCGGAUAGGAAUGACUUAUAAAGGGAUCGAGAGGAAAGGACUCAGUGAUGACUGUGGGCUUGGAGCCAAUGACAAGUCAUGUAGUCUGAGCUGUCAUCCUGACAGUUAUUUUGUCUAUCACAAUAAAAACUUGACUGUCAUACCCAUAAAGCCUUCAGGCUCCCGCAGAGUAGGAGUGUAUCUGGACUGGGGGGCUGGUGCUCUGUCCUUCUACAGAGUCUCUUCUCGUGGACUGACCCACCUUUACAGAUUCACCUCCUCAUUCACUGAGCCCCUCUAUCCAGGGAUUUAUGUUGAUAGAAACUCCUCAGUAUCACUGUGAUGUGUUGCAGCAUUCUGCUGGCAAAAAGGUAAAAUCUCUGCUUCUUAACCUUUAUAAUCCUUUUUACUCUGAAAUGUAUGUUUGACAAAAAUGUCUGUGUUAAGGGAGCUGAAUAAACAUGAAAAAUA